AACGUACAUUUUGGAGUUGAAAUUUACUUCAGUGUUAAAUAACGAUCUGGCUGGUCUCUACUACAGUGUCUACUCAAACAAUGGGAAACAAACAUACAUAGCCACGACCCAGAUGGAGCCAGCAGACGCCAGAAAAGCCUUCCCCUGUUUUGACGAGCCGGCACUGAAGGCCACUUUUAACCUGAGCCUUGUACAUCCCAGCUCUAUGAUGUCCGUGGCCAACACUCUACCCGUGGCCACUGGGCCAGCUUUUGUUGUUGAUGGUGUAGAAUAUGUACGAGAUAUUUACCUCCCUUCUCCAAAGAUGUCUUCUUAUCUAGUGGCUUUUGUUAUUUGUGAUUUUUCUUUCAAGUCUACUGUUUCUACUAAUGGUGUUCUGUUCCGUGCAUGGACUACGACUAGCACUCUUGACCAGAUCGACUACGCCCUUGAUGUCGGUGCCAAAACUCUCACAUUUUAUGAAGAUUUUUUCGGAAUUAAAUACCCGUUACCUAAACAAGAUAUGAUUGGAAUUCCCGACUUCGCCGCAGGAGCUAUGGAAAACUUAGGUCUAAUCACAUACAGACAGAGCUUUCUUCUGUAUGAACAAGGAAUAUCCAAUGAAAACGAUAAAGAGACGGUUACUUAUGCAGUAACACAUGAACUGGCGCAUCAAUGGUUUGGUGACCUUGUUAGCCCUGCCUGGUGGGAUGACCUCUGGCUGAACGAGGGGUUCGCGACCUUUGUGGAGUAUCUGGGAGUUGACAAUGUGCACCCAGAGUGGAAAUAUUUUGACAUCAUGGUUGUCAAAGAGAUCCACGGUGCUCUACAGCUGGACAGCCUUGUGACAUCCCAUCCACUCUAUGUUCCAGUCAGCCUUAUUUCAGAUAUUCUACAAAUUUUUGACAGCAUCUCAUACGCUAAGGGUGGAGGUAUAAUAAGAAUGCUGCGACACUUUAUUGGAGAAGAAACUUUCAAGAGAGGAUUGAAUAGAUACCUAACAAACCACAUGUACUCUACUGCUACACACAAUGACUUGUGGGAUGCUAUUACUGAGCAAGCAUCGAUAGAUGGCAAGGGUAUUAAUGUCAAGGACAUCAUGAACACCUGGACGUUACAAAUGAACUAUCCACUUGUCACCAUCAGUCGAGAUUCGUCGUCUGCUGAUGUCGUUGUUGUGUCCCAGGAGAGAUAUUUAUCGAAUAGAAAUGUGGUCGAUCCAGGAUUAUACCAAUCACCCUUUGGAUAUCGUUGGACCAUUCCUGUUACAAUAACAUCCAGUAAAAAUCCAAAUUUUGAUGAAACAAGCUCACAAGUUUUUUGGCUGACAAGAAAUGAGACUUCAAAAAGUUUCAACAUUGGAGCAGACAAUCUCCCAGACCUGAAUGAUGCUAAUGGUUGGAUUCUUGCAAACAUAGAUCAAGUGGGAUACUAUAGAGUGACUUACCCAGUUUCCAACUGGUUGGCACUUAGCAACCAGCUAAAUACCAACCACGAGGUAAUAUCAGCAGUAAACAGAGCUCAAAUAAUCAAUGAUGCUUUCAGUUUAGUCAGGUCUGGAGAUCUUGAGCUAAGCGUGGCACUAAAGUUUUUUGAUUAUCUGGACAAAGAAAUGGAUUAUGUACCUUGGUAUGUUGCAAGCAAAGAAUUUGGAUAUAUAGACCUAAUGCUAUCCCUCAAUCCAUUGUAUGGAAAAUUAAGCCAAUUUAUGCAAGAGAAGUUUAGCAAACCUUUCAAAAUAUUUGGUUUGAACAACACUGGUUCCUCACAUCUUCAAAUAGGCACUAGACAAAUUAUAGCUAGUGGUGCUUGUCAAUCUGGAGUGCAGGAGUGUAUUGACACUUCUGUAAACCUUUACCGUCAGUGGAUGUCUAAUCCUAGUGCUAAUCCGAUUGAUCCUGACUUAAAACCUGUUGUCUACUGUUCAGCUAUUGCAUCUGGAGGUAUUGAAGAAUGGAACUUUGGAUUACAGAUGUAUACAGAUCCGGCAAUGCGUUCAGAAAAAGGUUUCUUACUAAAUGCUUUGUUAUGCUCCACAGAUGUAUGGCUUGUCAAUAGUUUAUUUAGUUAUUCCAUUCAAGACAACUCACCUAUUCGCAUGCAAGACACUAUGGAUCUCUUGGCCUUUGCUGCUGGCAAAACUUUGCCUCGUUUACUGUUCUGGAAUUUUUUUAAAGCCAAUUUCGAUAAAUUUAUGAACAUAUAUGGCACACAGUUUCGUCUAUCUAGUGUUCUUCUUGAGGCAGCCUCAGGAUUCAAUACAGAGUAUGAUCUAGAAGCACUAAAAGCUUUGAAGGCUGAACAUGAAGGACAGUGGGCUGCUGGUUCUGGUGGGAUUGAUCAGGCCAUUGAGAAAGUCUCUGGGAAUGUCAACUGGAUGAAAACCAACCAAGAAGCCCUGGAAUCCUGGUUAGCAGGCCUUGGAUAUUAAGACAAUUUUAAACAUCGUUAAAUUUUACUUUUGGCUUUAGAGAUGUCAUUAAUUUAAUUCAGUUUAAAUAGUACUUAAAAUAGAAAAUUUAUUUUUUUAAAUGACACAAUUUGAUGUCUUUAUGUUACUUAUUAUAAAAACUAUGGUUAAAAAUAUAGCUUGACUAAAUAAAUAAAUGUAGAUAAGACUUAAACAAAAAAUCUCUAGACUCUUCGUUGUCUUUGAGAGGUAACACUGCGUUAAAUUUGUAAAAUAGUGUACAUUUGAAUUAUGUUUAACCUGGAAGCUUUAUAACAAAAUCGAUUUAAUUAAUUUUUGUUUGACUUGAUGUACAUUUUAAUGAAUUUAUUUUACCAAUUCUGGUUUCUUUUUAAAGUUAACUGUUUCCUAUUAUUUGUUAA